CGCGGGUCACCUGAGGAUCCCGGGUCGGUCUCAUGCCAUCCUAUAAUUCAUCGAAGUUCUAAAGCUCCCUAGCGAGUGUCUCGCUGUACACCCUGAUGCCGUUCUUUCUGCGACGGCCUUGCCUGACGCAGUCGUCGGCACUAUGGCGUUCGCGACGCUCUAUAGCCUUGUCUGCGGUACAGGGCCCCUCACACCCCCCGCUUGUCUCUCAGACGUUGCCUGCAUACUUCGCACAGGAGGUCCUGGCCAAACAUGGCUCCCGUCCGGCCCUCGUUGCCAGGAGUGAGUCGCCUCGCCCGCACGGGGGCCCGCGCUCGCGCAACAUGGAACGCACCCACCACCUCGCCUGGGACUAUGAGGAAUUCAACGACAAUAUCCAGGCCCUUGCCCGGGGACUCCUGAAUCUGGGGGUGAAGAAAGGUGACCGUGUUGGAGUCGUGAUGGGCAACAACAGCGCGUAUGCUUCGCUACAGUGGGCAUGUGCGAGCAUAGGAGCAAUCCUGGUGACACUAAACCCGGCCUAUCGUCUUCCUGAGCUUAUCGCCACGCUCAAGCUCGUCGGCGUGAGCCACCUCAUUGUCGUCCCUCGCAUCCGGAGUUCUGCAUAUGUUUCUAUGCUCUCCGAGGCCUUGCCUGACCUGCGCAACUCGCCUGCGGGCAACAUCCAAGAGCCAGCGCUGCCUGAGUUGCGUCACCUUGUCAUAGUUGAUAACACAGGGGAUCUGAAGCAGUUCCAAGAGGAGAUCGGCGAUGUCAAGUGUGCGGUCGACUUCCGUGAGAUUCUGGUAUGGCGGGAAGACAGCGCGGAGAGGAGGCGUGUCAAAGACAUCGCUGCUGGGCUCAACAAGGAUGAUGUCAUCAAUCUGCAGUUCACAAGCGGUACGACCGGAUUACCAAAGGCGGUCUCACUCACACACCGUAACCUCCUGAACAAUGGGAUCUCGAUAGGGGAGCAUAUGCGACUGACGCCGUCUGACAUCCUCUGCAACGUCCCUCCGUUGUUUCAUUGCUUUGAUAUGUGCCUUCCCUCGUUCGCCGCUUUACGCGCUAACCUCUUCGCCGGCAACCUGGCCGCGUGGACGCACGGUGCAAGCAUCGUGUACCCGUCCCAGAUAUUUGAUCCCCGCGCAAUCGUAGACGCGCUUGUUGCGGAGCGCUGCACCGCGCUGCAUGGCGUGCCGACACACUUCCUCGGCGUCCUCGCGGAGGUGCGCGCGCGCAGGGAGGCAGGCGAGAACAUGGACAUGAGCACACUCAGGACAGGCAUUGCAGCAGGGACGUCUAUACCAAUCGAGCUUAUGAAGCGGCUCAUUGCGGACCUGAACUUGACCGAGCUUACGGUUGCCUAUGGGAUGACGGAGACCAGUCCGGUAUCUUUCCAGACGACCUGGGAUGACCCCGUGGACAAGCGCGUCGAGACCGUCGGGCGCAUUUUGCCACAUGUCAGGGCGAAAGUUGUGGAUGUUGAGGAUAAGAUUGUGCCCGUCGGCACGCCGGGCGAGAUCGUAGUCUCGGGAUAUUUGCUGCAGAAAGGGUAUUGGGAGGACCCGGAACAGACUGCGCGCGUAAUGCAGAAAGACGGAGAUGGUGUGCUGUGGAUGUAUACCGGUGAUGAGGGCAUACUGGACGAAGAUGGCUAUCUCAGAAUUGUUGGUAGAAUCAAGGACAUCAUCAUCCGUGGCGGAGAGAACCUGUUCCCGGUGCAGAUCGAGAACGUACUCACCGCGCAUCCAGCCAUCCGCGAGGCUGCGGCGGUCGCCGUGCCUGACGAGCGCUACGGCGAGGUUGUCGGCGCGUGGGUUGUGCGUGAGCCGACCGCACUGUCGACACUGACGCGGGAGGAUGUGCGUGCCCUUGUUGCGGAUAAUAUGAACCCACAGAACGCUCCGGCGUGGGUAUGGUUCGCGGGCGAGGACGGCAUACCGUCAGAUAUGCCCAAGACGGCGAGCGGGAAGGUGCAGAAGCACAUCCUCAGGGGGUGGGUCCGCGACCUUGCGAGGAAGGGUGUUGGGUCCGUCCGUAUAUCUAAAGCAUGACAAACACGGCGCCGCCAAGUGAGCGAACGGAGUGCCCGGAUCUCUCAGAUUCUGACACCGCGCAGAUAGCAAGAAGCUAUGUCUGGACUAAACAGAGAGUACUCAUCUCGUUCACGAGACUAAGCACGUAUACAAAAUAGUAUGUCAUCGUGCCAUC